CGCGGCAACAGGACAGAGCACCGAGGGAUGGCAGGCGCAUUUGACGCUUCCAAGCGCGAGAUCUUGCACAAGCUGCAAGAAGUGAUUGACAAGUCGCCAAAAGGCAGCGUGGAUGAGCCGAUUGUGGACAUGAUCACGCGGCUCAAUGCACACCCAAACUACGUGACAUGCAGUAGCUGCUCCGGCCGCAUUGCUGUCUUCCGCGGCGUGGCGCAAGCUCCGGAAGACGAAGAUUCGCACUUGAUCACGAAAGGAGGCCAGUGGCUCGUGAGCUCCCACGCACCAGUGUCUUUCCAUGAGUUUUCUGCCGCGGUCUUGACAGAUCCCACGGCGCUGCAGGGCAUGGUACGGCGUGGUAAGGAAGGACUUGUCAUUUGACGAGACUGCGACGCGUAGGUCAUUUUCAAACACGAACCUUUCAUCAUGCAUGUGCAGUGCCGCGACGACGAAGCCGCCAAAGCGCUGUUGCAAGUCGGUCUCGCGUGUGGGUUUCGGGAGUCUGGCGUUGUCUUGGGCAACAAGCGAACGAUGGUGGCCAUUCGCACGACUGCCAACGCAAUGGAGAUCCCGAUUGCACUCCAUGGGAACCUCAUGGUCAACACGUCGUACUUGGAGUGGAUUCUCGACAUUGCCAACCAAAAAUUCCAUGCAAAUCGAGCCAAAACAGACAAGUUGUUUGCCACGAUGCUGACGUCUCUAUUCAACGAGCCAUCGUUGGAUGUGACAGAAGCGACAGCUCCAUCGUCCUCGUUGACGACGAUACGAAAGCUGCGGGUCGCCAAAACGUCCACGUUGGUGGUUUCCCGCGCCGGCCACACGGCUGUUGUUGGACCUCAACGAAAGCUUUGCAUUGUCGGUGGUCAAGGCCCCACGGCCACCAACACGACUCGACAAGGCGACUUAAUUUUGUACGACAUGGCAACCCAAGUGCAAUCAGCGCCGAUACCGCUGAACAUGGCAGCUCGCAUGUAUCACGCGGCGGUGUACAGUCCAACUCUCAACAGGAUGCUUGUAUUUGGUGGCCGUGCCAGUCCCACGAAGCCAUUUGGAGAUCUCUGGGCUAUUGACGUGGAUCAUGGUCAUGCGGAUUUUGUCCAAACUCAAGGACCCGCGCCGUCGUCGCGGUGGAGCCACACGUGCUCGUGGGUGGACGGAAAACUGGUGGUCGUCGGCGGCCGCGAUGCCACAACUGUCUUCAGCGACGUGUUUGCACUGUCCUUUGACACAACUCCGCCGACAUGGCAUGCCUUGGCAUCAUGUGCAGAUGGAGCUCGUCGGUUCCGACACUCUGCGGUGAGCAUUGGCCACUCGAUAUACUUGUUUGGGGGAUGGCAAGGGUUGGAUACGCACGCGCAGCUGUCCUUGAAUUCUGUGGAUUCGCUCAACACGGCGACAGGGGAGUGGAUGCAAUCGGCCACGACUGGCGCCAUUCCUCCCGCCAGGGCAAGUGCCGCCGCGUGCGUCGUGGAUGGCCAGCACGUGUUGCUCCUCGGCGGGACGUCGCCAACAGCACCAUGCCACGAUCAAGUAUUUUCUCUGGACCUGUCGAAGAUGAAGUGGAAGCAGUGGCCAUCCUUGCCAAGCGAUGCGCUUCUCGUCAACCACACGAUGUCUUACGACGACGUGUCGAAAACCGUGCAUGCGGUCGGCGGCAGCUGCCAGUGCUUUGGGUUUGGGGCAGUCUACAGUCCCGCGUUCGCGUUGCAGGUGGAAACCAGUCGCAUGACCGCGCUGUCCAAGAAUACGCGACCUACCAAACAAACGAACGACGGGCUGCUGGUGGUUGCUGUGCCCAAGCUACGAGUCAAAGCCAUCAAGACACUCGUGGAAGACCUGCAAGUUUACGACAAGUCGCGCCGCGUCCAGCCCAUUGCCGGCGGUGCAGAGUCCUUCGCCGUGCCAGUCAUGGACGGCAUUCGUGACCACGCCAGCCUUCCCGGACUCGAGGGGUUGCUGAUAGCCCACAUGAACGACAUCGCAAACGUUGUGCAGCCCAAGAACUCGGGGACGGACAAGGUGUCCGCCGCUGGUGAGCUCGUUGCGACUGGACAAAUCGCCGAGCUGUCGUCCCCUCCGCCAGCAGAAGUUGUCGAGGCCUCCAAGCAACCACUCUUGUACGCCGUUUUGGUCUCCAAGGAUCAAGUCAAGGCCGUCAAGACUCGCUUGGAAACGAUCCAGCUAUACGACAAAACCCGUCGCAUUCACCCGCAAGCCAACGACAUGGAAGGCUCCACCAAGUUUGCCGUCCCCGUGACAUUGCCCACCCUUCCUUCAGACGACGAGGUCUUGAGCGCGUUGGAGGUUGUAGUCGACGGCACGAGCGUUGUAAAACGUGUGCUGAAUCCAACACUGGUCGUGCAUGCGUUGCUGCAGGCGUUUGCGACUGCCCAUGGGUUGGAUGCGGUCGCGGCAAAGUUUGAAUUUAUUUCAGACGUGUUGGUCCUGCCCAAGAACACGUUCAUGGACCCCGUAUGGAUGAGCGACGCCGCGAUGGCACUGUGGCGAUCCGUGUGCGACGCCUCGCCUGUUCCGCUCCAACGCGUCGCGCGAAGUGCUGACGUCGACGCGAAUGAAAAACGGCAGAGUCACGUCGAGGUGCUGUACAUGCACCCGUCCUUCGUCCCCACGGCGCGGGGCAAGGGAUGGGUCGAAGUCCGUGAAAAUGGACUCGUGUACGGGUGGGACCUCGAAAAAGUCAUGUUUUCGUCGGGGAAUGUGACGGAAAAAGCACGCAUGGCCAAGAUCGGCUGCGCCGGAGAGACCAUUGUCGACAUGUAUGCUGGCAUCGGAUACUACGUUGUCCCAUUUCUUGUCCACGGCAAGGCGGCGUACGUCCACGCCCUCGAGUGGAACCCCGACUCGGUCGCGGCGCUACAAUUCAACCUUGAAAAGAAUCACGUCGCAAGCAAGUGCACGGUGCAUCCAGGCGACAAUCGCAUCACGGGGCCGACUCUCGGCGCGAUUGCAGACCGCGUCAACUUGGGAUUGCUACCCAAGAGCGAGCACGGGUGGCCCAUCGCCGUCCAAGUCUUGAAACACACGGGCGGAUGGCUUCACGUGCACGAGAACGUCGCCAUCGACGACGUCGAGCCCUGGCGAGAACACGUUGUGAAAUCCAUCCGAGAGAUGGGCGCCGCCAUUGGAAAGGUGUGGGUCGUCGAGUGCACCCACGUUGAACGAGUCAAGUCGUACGCCCCGAAGGUCCUCCACGUCGUAGCUGAUGUUCACUGCCGGCCCACUUGAUAGCUCGUGCAGAAAGGGACCCCCGUGUAAGGUCUGCAGCUAGUACAUUGCUAUACAAUGUGCAAAAGAACGACAGAAUGCACACACGCGGCGACCCGCGAUGUGCGCGCGUCCGCACGAUCCCUUGC